AUGGUUCUCCCGAUUAGCAACCCCACGAAGUCAUACUGGAUUGAGGGGGCUGAGUCCCCUCUCCGGAAUUUCCGUUCUACUGAGGAGUUGCCGAAGGAAACGGACAUUGUCAUUGUUGGCAGUGGUUACGCAGGCACUACAACAGCCUAUUGGCUUCACAAGUUCACGGAGAAGAGUGAGCAAAAGCCCCGAGUGCUUAUGCUCGAGGCCCGAGAUAUCUGCGGAUCAUCUACAGGUCGCAAUGGUGGGCAACUGAGACCUCAUGCCUACUCACGGUACACACCAUGGGCCCAACGCUUUGGGCCGAAAGUGGCGAUGGAUCUCAUUAAACAUGAGAUGGCACAUCUUCCCGCGUUCCGGGAGCUCAUGAGCGCGGAGGGGGUCACUGAAGAGGUGUGCUUGAAGUUUGGCGAAACCUUCGAUGCAGCAAUGUCAGACGAGGCGUGGACACGUUUGAAGGGCUGCUACGAAGCCAUGAAGAAAGACCACGGUGAAGACGACGACGUGGUGAAAGUUUGCAGGCUCAUCGAGGACCCCAAAGCUGCAGAAGAGUUCACACAGAUGAAGGGAUGCCUGGGAGCAGUGGUUCACCCUGCCGGUCAAGUAUGGCCCUACAAGUUUGUACAUGCGUUGCUUCGAAUUCUGCUAGAGGCGGGUAACCUGAACCUGCAAGCCCAUACACCGGCGGAAAGCGUCUCGGAAAGAGACUCCGAGGGCUGGUUCACCGUCAAAACACCUAGAGGCGAUGUGCGGACGAAGACAGUAGUACACACGACGAAUCGAUGGGCUUCUCACUUAUUACCAGAGUUCAGCAACCUCAUCUUUAGCGAUAGGGCGACCUUGGCGUCGAUCAAGGCCCCGGAGGGUUUCAUCAAGCACACGGGCGCGCAGCACUGGGAUAGCAAUGUCAACAACUACCACCUUCAACUGCCACCGCCUUACAACAACAUCAUUCUUGGCGGUGCAAGACAACUACUCAGUCACUUCCCCGAGAAGUGUGAUCUUAACGACGAGGAAGACAAGCAGUUUGAGGGUGUCCCGGAGUUCUUCAAAUCUUGGCCCGCAUCUGAUGUGGUGGGGUGGCAAGGUAGUAAUCCAGCAGAACUCGCCAAAGAUGACAAUGAAGGAGGAGUCUGGACUGGUGUGGACUCGAUGAGCAUCGACUCCUUCCCUUUUGUUGGCGCAAUCCCGGCCCGAGACGGACACUUUGUUGCUGCUGGCUUUUCUGGUCACGGCAUGCCUCGAAUCCUUCUCUCUACCGCGCACAUCACCCCAUUGAUCCUGGAUUCACUCGGUGCCAAGUACAGCGCUCCUGCGAUGGUUGCGCCGUUCCCUCCUCUUCCCGAGCCUUUCCACGCCAGUGCUGAGCGCGUCAGCUCGUUGCAAAAGGUGGAUGCGGCAGCUAAGUUCGCCGAGUAUGCGAAGAGUAGUUUGGAGAGUGCUAAGAAGCCGUUCUGCAACGACGAGCGCAGCCGGCCUAAGAUCUGA